CGACGUCUACGUACGUCUACUGCACUGGAAAAGCACACUGCUGACUGACUGAUACGACGCGAUGGGAGCAGUUAGGUUUUUGGGAUCCCACUCAAGUUCAGUCUCUUUUCGGUCCUUCAGUGAGUCACAGCAAAUUUUGCGGACGCGUUAAAGGACAAACCCCGGUGCUUCUCCGCGUGCGGGCACCACCAAAUGUAUUUCUUUUUUGUUUUGGCCUCGCUGAUGGUUGCCAGUGGACCGGCACUGGCAUACCUAUCAGCGGGCUUGAAGGAUCAGCUACUGUCGGACGUGCUGCUGCGUGAGAUAGUGGACCGGAUGGGCAAGGACAUAGCCGAGGCGGCCGAUUCUUACAUCGACCCGAUGGACGAGUUCCCCGGCCGACUGGCGAUGAUGGCCCGCGCCACCAAGGAUCUGGAAUCGGAACAGCUGGACUACGAUGCGCUGCUGGAUGGUAAUCCGAAUCCGUCACCGCGGGAUCAGGAGUACCUUCAGCACAGCUCCCUGUGGGGACACCAGUACGUGUCCGGCGGUGCCGGCGAGGGUCCCCAUCAUCCGAAACCACAAGUGAAAACCGAUGCAAGUCUGCCCGCGUACUGCAACCCACCGAAUCCAUGCCCGGUGGGCUACACCGAAGAUCAAGGAUGCACGAUGGAUUUUGAAAACACGGCCGCCUUCAGUCGAGAAUACCAAGCGGCGCAGGAUUGUAUGUGCGACGGUGAACACAUGUUCAACUGCCCGACCCAGCAGCAGAGUGACGCGGGAUCGCAAAUGGACUCGGACCUGGAAAACUUCAUUGCACGGCAGUUCCACACCCAGGAGCACAAGAGCUUGGUCGCGAAGAAAUUCCACGUUAAGAAGAGCUCCAAUCCUUUCCUGGAGGGCGAGAAGCUUCCCAUCGCUGCCAAGAAGGGUUUCAAUGUGAAGCUCUAAAUCUAUGGAUUCAUCGGCUCACGCAGCAGAAGCAGAUUGGUAGCUUCGGGAUAUGACGUCGACAAUACUGAUCCCCGCUACCACCACCACUGGACAGUAGUGUGACGAAAAAUGGAUUAAAUCGAAGACGGACAACUGGCACACUCUAAUAAACGGACUACGGCACAAGUACAUCUAGGCAAACACACACACACAUCUAACGAUACCAAAGUUUCAACACUAUUGUGCUAAUAGCUGAGUAUAGAGAUCACAACGAUGUGGUGAAACAUGAGCGCUGCUACUGGCGGCAGUUGAUCAUCGUACAGUACGAAAGAAGAAUCUGUUUCGCCCUGUCACAGAAAAUCUGAUCAAUUACACACUUUCACAAAAUUUCCCCUCUUCUAAAUCUCUAUGACUUUUACUUCCUCCGCAACUUUUAUGCACCCACGCUAUAAAGAAGCGUACUUGAGCAGGAGCAUUCUUUCAGACUGUUUUAUUCAAAAAAAAAAACCAAACUGUGGAAAAUUUAAAAAUUAGGUGUUAAGUAACCCAGGUAGCGUGCAGAAGGCGGCAUUAUUUACAAUUUUGCGUGAUAUGUUUCUCCAAAUACAUGUACUAAUAUAGUUACUCCACGUCAUAAGUAGCCACACUUUCAGAUGAUAGAGAUAAUUGUGUAUGAUUAUUGCAGGUAAUGCUUAUCUUAUAAAACAAAAAGAAAACUGAACGAUCAGCCAUACAAAAGUGGAACUGAAUCACCAUGCUGUUAUUUGGCGAGCAUUCGUCACUGGAAAAGGUCGGCGCAGAUGAGUCGAACGAAGACGAAAGGGGUGUGCAUAUUUAGGGAUGCCUCAAAUUCCGUGAUCUAUUGACGGUGAAGGCGAUACGAUUGGAUUUGGAACAGGUGGGAUCUAAAUUGUCUUAACUCAUCGAACUUGACAACCAAUCAGCGAGUAGCAAAUUUUUUAUAGUUAUGUAUAAAGUCUUGCAGGUCACGAAUAGUAAAUUCACACAGACAGAAAGUGUUAAGUUUUUAUGUGAAGACAUACACUUCUGUAGAAUUCUACAAUAAAAAAAGUUUUUCUCUGUGUGUCAAAUAUUGCAUAAAAACUUCUUUUGAGUGUAUAUGAGUCGUAGGUUUGAACAACAAUAUACGUAAUUUCAGUUCAACAAAAACAAAAAUGCUUAGCGUUGAUUGGCAUGGAAGUUUCUUGGUUGAGGCAUGUGGGCCUCACGGUUCCGAUUCCAGUGCAGUGCAGUCGAAAGCUGCGAACGCGUAGCUGGCAACACAGAUGAAAAGAAGCAACUUGCGUGAAAGCUCUCUGUUCGAUAUGAGCUGCAAAGACAUAUCAUGGAUAAAAGCUUCGCUUUAAGAUACCACUGAAUAAUGUGAGCAGCAAGCGUAACGCAGCACUCUAAUGCGUAACGCUCCGUGACAUACCGAUAUCGGAUGUUCGACGCUUUUUUAGGAACUACUAAAAAGCCUUGCCGUUUGAUAUUGGUAAAAUUUCACAUGCUUGGAACUAUUGUAUAAUUACUGUAGAUUAUACAGUGUAAACAGACUAUUGAUGUUUUUCGAUCAAUUCUUCAAUAAACGAAACAGGUAAAAAUGUCGAGCUGUAAAAUGCUUUAAAACAAUUUGCAUAAAAAAACUAAAAAUAUAUACAAAAUGAGGCAUUUAUUUUAUCUUAUAUAUUUAAAUCUAUACGUAAUGUUAAUAAAAGUAAACAACAUUGUUUGUAAAACAUUAUCACAAUGAAGUGAACAACUUCGAUUGUACACAGAAAACAUCAGAAAAGACACGUGAUUCGUUGAAGUAACAUUCCAUAAAACGAAAAACCAACAGAGAAUAACGACCACAACCAAGUCAGCCAACCAGACUAGAAAUUUGACUAUAACUUCUUCGCGCGAGUGUGCACGUUUGGGAACUCGUCUUUGGUUUGUAUUCAAAUGGCGACUCCAUCUUUGCUGUUUCGGGUUCAUUUGAGAAGAGCUGGAUCCAGAAUCGCACCAAAGACCAGUCGAAAACGUCCAAAUUAUCAAAGAUAAUUGAAAACAAUCAACAUCAAUGACAUACGAAAUCUUUGUCAAGAAUCAAAAGGAUAAAAAAAAGUGUUUCGGAAAAUAAAGAAAUAUAAUGGAAAAAUCAUAGAAACCGAACGACAAUAUACAAAGUGCAGCCCAAAUUAUGCAUCUGAAGAACAUCUGUGCAAACUGAAAACAAUCAAUCUCAUUGCUGCAAAAUAAAUUGUUACAGCUUAGCAAGUCUCCUUGAACACAAUGAAAAUGCUUAUGAAAAUGUGCAGUGCAUCGAUGACAUCCAAGAAAUCUAAUAAAACAAAAAAAAAUACUAAACUUAUGAGAGCAGCAACCACAUCAAUGUUAAAAAGUAUCCUAUCCUCUAUCUAAGUAUCCUCUAUCAUACUUCAUCAAAAGAAAAAAAAAAAACAAACAAACAAAGUUUCCAAUCCAAAUCCUUGGUUGCCCCCCAAAAAUGGAAAUUGGUUAACGAAUGGGUUGGUCCCUUGCACAAGGAAGCAACCCAAACAUGGAAAAGGCAUGUAUAACAGUUGUUGUUGAAUAGAGCCAAACAAAAAAAAAUCAAA